GAUAUGAUCGAAAUUUAUGAUAAACUUUUUCCAAGGAUUCAGGAUGACACUGAUAUUAAUUCGAAGAAUAAUACUAUUAUAUGGUAUGGUGUGGAUAUCUCACUUUCGAAAGCAUUAAUCAUGUAA